CAACUACACUAGCGAGUGAAAGCAUCAUUCAGCUGAAAAUUGACAGUUGACUGUCAAUUCAACAUUGCACUGAAUUCUGGAUUCUGAAGACGAUGACAGUGAAUGACGCUGAUCAACAUUUUGUGAUGCAAGUAGUCGAAAUGCUUGGAAAGUCAGUGUAUAUAAAGAAACAAUUGAAUCAUGUUUAAAUUAUCAACUCAUUGAUAUUCAUGAAAAUGAAAGUGAUACUCUUCGCACUAUGCCUUUUCGUAUCACUCGAAUAUGUUCGGAUGGAUGAAGAUUAUGAUAUUGUAGAUUACACAAGAGUCCUCAGAGAUGAUUGUCCGAAUGGUGCACCGUUUUGUGAAGACAGUGACGAAAUCGCGAAUGAGGGAGGACUGAAUAAGAAGAAGGUGAAGAAGUGCACUGGGAGUAACUGCAAAUAACUGAAUGAGAUUGAUUGAUGAUAUUAAGAAGCAAAAACAAUUUUUGGAAUGAUCACAUCUGCUAGAUAAUGGCAGACAAGUUGAUUAACAACAGCCGAUUUGAUAAAUGUACUAACCUCAAAUAAUAAAGCUU